CUCUUCCCAUUUCCGCCCCCCCCUGCUUUAAAAAUGAGCCUUCCUUCCAUCACUGAUCAGUGAUCCUAAACACAGUACGAAAAGCUAGGGCUGCGAAGUUCGUAGAAGGGAGAUCAAGAAUGGCGAUCGCGAGCCGGAAGUUGAAUCGCCAUCUCGCUCUCCAUCUCAACCCUACUACUCCGGCCAUUCACCACCGCUUCUCACCUUACCCCGCAACCUCUUCUUCUCUUACCACUCACCAUCAAGAAGUCAAGAGCCUGACCGAGUUAGAGAAGCUCCACCCACUCGGCCAAGGAAGCGGCGGCGCAGUCUUCAAGGUCCGCCACAAACCCACCCGCGCGAUCUACGCUCUCAAGAAGAUCUCAUCCUCCGCCGCCGCCGCCGAAACCCAAGAAGAGGUCUCCAUCCACCGAAUCGCGUCCUCCUCCCCACACGUGGUCAAAUUCCAGGGCUCCUUCCAAACCCCAAACGGCGACGUUUCGAUCCUCAUGGACUACAUGGAAUCCGGCUCCCUCUCCGACCACGCGAAAGCCAGCUACCACGACGCCCGCCUCCCGGAGCACGCAAUCGCCGACGUGGCGCGACAAAUCCUCCAAGGGUUCAGCCACCUCCACGCCAACAACAUCGUCCACAGGGACGUCAAACCGUCCAACUUCCUGGUCAACAACAACAACAACAACGAGGUCAAGAUCGCUGACUUCGGCGUCAGCAAGCGGCUCCCCACCCGCCUCGCCCGCUGCGACUCCUACGUCGGCACCGCCGCCUACCUCAGCCCCGAGCGGUUCGACAUGGCGGCCCACGGUUCGACCUACGACGGGUUCGCCGCCGACGUCUGGAGCCUGGGGCUCGUGUUCUUGGAGCUUUACUUGGGGAGGUACCCGCUGCUUGAACCAGGGCAGAAGCCGGACUGGCCGGCGCUGAUGUGCGCCAUUUGCUUCGGCGAGAUGCCGCCGAAGAUUCCCGAGGAAGCUUCCGAGGAGUUUAAGGAGUUUAUUGGGUGUUGCUUGGAGAAGGAUCCUUGCAAGAGGUGGACCGUUCAGCAGCUGCUCGGCCACCGUUUCAUCGUUCGACGUCCCGAAGAAGAAGAAGAAAGGACUCAAGGAGAUAGCUAGAUAGAUAGACGAGAAGGAUUCUUUUUGUCAUUAUUGAUGAACUGUAAUUAAUUAAUUUGAUGUAAUGUAAUAGAACUACGUAGACCUGAUCCUCCGUGUUGAACUAUGUAAAACGGAGGUACGUAGGCAGCCCUAAAGUUACCUGGGUCCGGUCUAAAAUAUUGUUACAAAUCCAAAACUCUGCUCUACAUGCAUUUUUGAAGCUUGGAGCUUAGUUGUUAAUUAAGUUUGUACUUUGUA